AUGAGCUCCACAGAUCGCUUGCUAUCAAAUGAGGAAGUAAUUCUACGCUUUGAUGAGCUGAACUCGGAAUUGAUUGUUGGCCUCUCGGAGAGCAUAACGAAAAUGAUACCAAAUGUGUUUCCGGAUACUUUGUCUAAUAUUCCAGAUUCGAAACUUCGUUAUUCUACCGUUAAUGAGCUAACAAUAAAAGAAAUGUGGCCCACUAUUUCAGAUUUUUUAGAAGUCAUAUCCUCUACACUUGGUACCUAUUAUCUGAGACAUCAUGGACUGCAAUGGAAACACGAUAAAAUUGCUGAAAUGAAUUGCGAUGGGUUGGUAUAUUUAUGGUACCAAAAUGGAGAGAGUGAAAUAGUUGGUUUCAUUUCUUUCCUUAUGGCUCUUGAAGAGAGUAAAAAGGUAUUAUACUUAUAUGAGGUACAUGUAUUGCCUCAAUUUCAAUCGAAAAGGGUUGGAUCGACCUUGUUGCAUUAUUUUCAUCAUUUUGCAAUUUACUUGAAUUCACAAGCCACUGCUGACUAUCAAUACUCUUCGUGCUUUAAUAAUUUGGCAACUAAUUUAACUGUAUUCAGCGAUAACCUGAAAGCUCUUUCCUGGUACUUCAAAUUGGGUUAUCGUUAUACAGAUCUGUCACCGAGAGACAAAGUUUUGAGAAAUGGUAAAAUAAUUAAGCCAGAGUAUUAUCUAUUGACAAGACCUAAUCUGAAUUAA